AUGUCUGAUAGUGAAAGUAACAUUGAAAAAGAGUCACAGAUGAUAUCUGCCUCAACUUCAGCUUCGGAUUCUUAUCCUGUAGCUUUCGAAGGUACAGGAAACUUUGCAGGAGAAGAAAAUAUUAAUGAAGAUAGGUCAAGAAGAGCAUCAGUGAACUCAUUUCAAAGAUCUCUUGAGAUAAUACGGAGGUCUAUGACUGGACAAUCGAUUCAUUCGGUUAGAUCCCAAUUUUCAGUCAAAGAUAUCUUUGGUGAUUUGGAUAGUGAAGAGAUUGCAAAAGAGCGUUUAAAAGCCAGAAAUGAUGUUUUGAGUGAGUUGAAACAAGAUAUAGAGAAUCAGCAAGUAGAAUUUGAACCAUUUACAGUUCCUGAAAGUGGUUUACCUAUUGAGAAUAACGGUGAAAAGUUUGGUGAUAUUGACCCUGAGUUAAUUACUUGGGAAGGCUACAGUGAUCCUGAAGAUCCAAGAAAUUGGUCACCAUCAAAGAAAAUAUAUCUUUUGAUGUUUGUAUCUUUGUAUACUUUAAUAAGUCCAAUGACCUCAUCGAUUUUAUCACCUGCUGUGUCUGAAAUUUCAAAAGAAUUUGGUAUCACCAAUCCAACCAUCAGCUCAAUGUUGGUGUCAAUCCAGAUUUUAGCUUGGGCUGUGGGUCCCUUGUUGAUUGCUCCUUUAAGUGAAUUCGAUUAUAUCGGUAGGAAACCCAUUUUGGAUGCAUCAAUUUGGUUAUCUUUCUUCUUCAAUUUGGGUUGUGGUUUAAGUCAAAAUACCACUCAAAUGAUGAUCUUUAGAUUCAUCGGUGGAUUAUUUGGAUCUUCGCCCAUAAAUGUAGGCGCUGGAGUAAUUUCUGAUUUAUUUGAUGCUAAAUCUAGAAAUGUGGCCUUAGCUGGUUUCACCUUAGCUCCAUUAUUAGGUCCUAUCAUCUCACCUGUUAUGGCGGGAUAUAUAGUUGAACAUACUCAAUGGAGAUGGGUGUUCCAUGUUUUAUCAGCAUUCAAUGGAGCAAUUGCAUUGGUUGGUACAUUUUUCUAUAAAGAAACCUUUGCACCCAAGCUCUUGAAAUUAAAAGCCAAGAGCUUAAGGAAAGCCACCAGUAAUGAGAAUUUACAUACCAUCUAUGAAAUAACAGAUCAAACAUUUGCUUCCAGAAUGUUUUUGGUGAUGACGAGGCCGAUCAAGCUUUUAUUUACUCACCCAAUGAUCAUUGGAUUGGGCUCAUUCUUGGCCUUUGUUUAUGGGUUCAUGUACUUAUUGAUUGUCACGUUCCCUACCGUUUUCGGAAAGACUUAUGGAUUCGAUAAAGGUACAGUAGGAUUGAUGUAUAUUCCGAUGGGCAUUGGUUUCAUCUUGGGAAUCUUCUUCUGGACCUAUUUUAUUGGUAGAACUUAUGAAACAUUAGUUGAAAGAAAUAAUGGUGUUCCUAAGCCUGAAUUCAGAUUACCUUGUUUGUUCGUUGUAGGAUUCAUCAUCCCUAUCGGGCUUGUUUGGUAUGGAUGGUCAGCAGAGAAGAAGUUGCAUUGGAUUAUGCCAGGUAUUGGUUCAGCAAUAUUUUCUUUCGGGUUUGUUUGCGCAUUCCAGUGUUGUCAAAGUUAUUUGAUCGAUAUGAAUCCAAGAUUUGCAGCCUCGUCAGUUUCUGCCGCCGCAUUAUUUAGGUCCUUAUUUGGAUUUUCAUUUCCAUUGUUUGCCAACCAAAUGUAUGAUAAAUUAGGAUAUGGUUGGGGAAAUACCUUGAGUGCUUUCAUUGCAUUAUUAUUAGGUGUACCAUUCCCCUUAUACUGUUAUUUCAAUGGUGAAAAAAUACGUGAAAUUUUCAACAAACGAUUUGAUAAAGAUCAAAUUGAUCAAGAUACAAAUAUCUUGAAUCAAUUAAAUUAG